AUGUCCAAGAUAUUCGCUUUCGCAUUUUUGGCAACGUGUGGUGUAUGCUUAGCAAAUCCGGACGCGAAAAGACUUUACGAUGAUUUAUUAAGUAAUUAUAAUAGACUAAUUCGGCCUGUUGAUAAAAAUAACAAUACGGUACUUGUGAAAUUGGGUUUGAGACUGUCACAACUUAUUGACUUGAAUCUAAAAGAUCAAAUCUUAACUACAAAUGUUUGGCUGGAACAUGAAUGGGAAGAUCAUAAAUUCAAAUGGGAUCCUAAUGAGUAUGGUGGCGUCAAAGAACUUUACGUACCCUCGGAGCAUAUCUGGUUGCCAGACAUCGUACUAUACAACAAGUGA